GUUUGUCAUAGGCCCAUGGCCAAAGAAGAAUGUUAUUGGCCUGCAUAUUUUAGAGGAGUGGUUAGCAAUCCGGAAAUAUGUGGUUCCCGAGCUGGAGGAUCUGAACAUUUUCGUGUGCGAACUAAAAUAUGGAUGAAACCAGAGGAGACCCUUCCAUGGAGGACGGGUCAAGCGCAGCUACUCCGGUUUUGAGAAUAAGUCAGCUGGAUGCUUUUGAACUGGAUACCGCUCUGGAACAGCUUGUUUGGUCACAGUUCACCCAGUGUUUCCAGCAUUUCAAACCUGGACAUUUAACCCCCUUUGAACCAGAGCUGAAAGCACUCCUACAGCUCCUUCUGUGGAGGUUCACCAUCUAUUCCCAGAGUGCCACGGUGGGGCAGUCCCUGCUCAACAUCAGAUAUAAAAACGAUCUCUCUCAGGCCCAGAGGUACCGGCCGAUGAGCCGCAGCCAGAAGCUGUGGUUUGCCCUGUGCACCAUCGGGGAGAAGUGGCUCAAAGAGAGGUCUCACAGCCUGUUCCUCACCCGGCCCGCCGAAUCCGCCGUUCACAAAGCCCGCCACGCGCUCUCCUUCCUCAACGGCUUCGCCAAAGUGGCCAGCCUCCUCAACUUCUUCCUUUUCCUUCAGAAGGGAAGGUUCCCCACGUUGAGCGAGCGGUUCCUGGGGGUGAGGGCCGUGUUCAGCCGGCCCCAGGGCGUCCGCGACAUCGGCUUUCAGUACAUGAACCGCGAGCUGCUCUGGCACGGCUUCGCAGAGUUCCUCAUCUUCCUCUUCCCCCUGGUCAACACACGCAAGCUGAAGGCCAGCGUCUGCUCCCUGUUCGCGCCCCUGGACGGGCAAGGGGGCAGGGCCACAGAAGCGGCCCAUUGCACUGAGUGUGCCCUGUGCGGAGAGUGGCCCACCAUGCCCCACACCAUCGGCUGCAGACAUGCCUUCUGCUACUACUGCGUGAAGAGCCACGCCAUAGCUGAUAUGUACCUCUCCUGCCCAAAGUGUGGAUCUGAGGUCAGGAGUCUGGAACCUGUGAAGAUGCACAUUCAGCCUGUUUGACGGUACUUAUUGAUAUGGACUUUGAUCAAUGUGAUGUUUUGCUUUCUUGUAAAGCACCAAUAAUUCUAUUAAUAUUUGUAAGCCUAUCGUGUGAAAUAAAUAUAAUCUACAGGUUAAGUGAAUGCAUGCACUGUUACUUGUUACACAUUCGUCAAUAAAUAUGAAUACAUUUUUCCAGUGGAAAAUGAGUGUCACAUCUAUGAAUGAAGGUUAUUUUGUGUUCGUUUUUACAAAUACGUAUUUUUUUCCAUUUCUGACAUGCGCUCUUUGAAAAUCAUUGUAAUUUUUACAAAUCUAAAAAAUAAAUGGGUUAAAAUUGUA